AUGAGCAAAAAGUUCAAAUCGCAGGCCUCCAGCAGUCGCGCUGCUGCGGGCGCCUUCGGGUCCUUUGGAGGUUUCUCGGGCAAUUUUGGGAGUGAUGGACGGGAGCCGUCGGCUCUCACAUACAUCGCCGAACCGCCAGAUCUGUCUCGUAUCUCCGAGCAGACACUAGUCAUUUCUUUCAAGAAUUUAUUGAAAAAAGAUGAUAUUACACGGACUAAGGCUUUGGAAGAUCUCAGAGAACAUGUCUUCUCCGUGGAUUCGAAGAAAGGGACUCUUGAUGAUGGCUUUUUAGAAGCAUGGGUUAAAAUAUACCCGAGGUUGUCGAUUGAUCUCUCUCGACGAGUCCGACAAAUAUCUCAUACACUUCAGGGCUCCAUCUCUGGUCUUGUGGGAAAGAGAAUUGCACCUCAUUUGUCCAAGGUUAUUGGUGCUUGGCUAGCUGGUCUCUACGAUAAUGACAAGCCAGUUCACCGUGCCGCACUGGAAUCAUUUAUCAGUGUCUUCUCGACCCAAGAUAAACGAAACAAUGUUUGGAAGAUCUACCAAAGUUCCAUUCUGGAUUUCGUAGAUGACGUUCUGCUCCAUCAGUCACCCCUGACCCUAAGUGAUGAGAGGACUGUCAAGCGGGAUGACGCAGAAGCGAAACACGCACGGGUAGUUGGAGCUGGACUGCUUCUUUUCAAUCGCAUUUUAGGUGACUCGGCAGACGAGGAUCUUCAAAAGAACCUCUCAGCAAUCGAAACUUUGCUUAGUAGCAAGGAUUUAUGGGGGUUCUGUAGCUAUGAUGACCCAUUCGUUCGCCGGUCCGUAUACAUUCUCUUGCGAACUGCGGUAUCCAGACAGCCCGGCUGGAUGGAUUGGAAGCUCCUCAGUUCAGCCAUCGUGGGGAAAUCCUUAUCUAUCUCACAGCUCGGCUCAGCUUCCGAACUAUCCGAGACCCUUCUUCUGUUGACCUCGUUAAGACCCCAGGCGUGGACAGAGGACUAUACAGGAAAGACUUCGUCCUCAAAGAGGCUACGUCAAUAUAUCCAGAAAGGGUCUCAAGGUAGCACUGGGAAAUUCUGGUCAAAUCUUGACGAGCUACUCCGAAAGCUCCCCCAGGAGGUCCUUGCAGGAGCCGACAAAACAUCUACUGUUAAGAAAAUCAAAAUCUCGAGUGUCAUUGCUCUAACAGAAGCUUUCCAAGAAGGCCUCAACUCAAGGGAAGAGCCCCGCCAAAAUCUUUACACUGGAUGGAAAUCCUACAUUGAGAUUAGUCUCUGGUUUGCGAGUCUCUUGCCAGUGGAGCAACGUCCUGAACUCAUUCAAAAACGACUUUCCCCCUUGGUGACACAUUAUGUGCGACCCGAUCCCGAAUUGACCCAGUGGUCGCUCCCCGUCCAGUCCACCGAACAUAUUUGUAUCGACUAUCUCUCGGCUCUUGUUGCUCACGACCAAUAUCAAGAAAUAGAGCUAUUAUGGUCAAACCUGUCUAAUGGGCUUAUUGAAGCAGUUAAGCUGUCAUCUCCAGAGCAGUCGAAGGACUUCCGCACAUCUCAAGAUUCGAUCUGCGAACAGUCAAAGCGCCUUUUUAUAUUGGAACCUUCAGUCAUCUCGCGAGCCAUAGAGGCGUCUCGGCUUAAGAAGAUUUUUGAAAAGGCCAAUAUGUCCCUUCUGGACAACUGUCUGCAGGUUCUACGGUCUCGAAAUGGAAAACCUUAUGGUGCCGCUGGGGUUGUAGAAGAGUGCGUUCGCAGAGUGCCUUCUAUCGCAAAACAGUCCCGGGAACUUCUAAACUUCCUCAAGACGGAUGCGCCCGAGCUUCUGUUCUCGCCGUCCGGCGAUCGCCUGAUUACAAUCAUUUUGGCAUGUCGGCAAUGGGAAGGAUUCUCUUCUUGUUUUGAAGUUGUUGUCGAGCGAGCUCUGGAACUGGACCCCGAACAAUCGAAUGCCCAUGUCCUUCAAAGCCUUCUAUCGACGAUCGAUUUCAAUGAAGUCGAAUAUCAAGCUAAGCUUUCUUCGCUCGUGAUGCUAGCUUUAGAUAAAGCUUGCAGAGGCAGUACUACACACUGGCCGAUUGUAACUGCAGUUCUCCGGAAUCAAACUUCUUGGGAAGCAUUGAUGGAUCAAGUCUUCAUGUCAAUUAUUCAGUCACUGUCUACGGAGGAUAGGGUCUUCGACGCCCUCCACGGGCUCUCUCACCUUGGAAAGACCGUUCCCGCUGCUGUGCGGGAAUUCCAGGGUGGAUCUAAUGGCUCCAAGUUAACAGGAAAACUGUUGUAUCUCACUGAGUCUCCUUCGGAGGAGGUGGCCGUCCUGGCUGAGUCUUUAAUGACGAAUUUUAAGGAAACCGUUGUUGGUGAUACAAGCACCAAGUCUAAGAUUGAGAUCCUCCAAAAUGGCUUCUCUCACGCGAGCGAAGAAUCUCUAACAAUUGAUUCCCUCGUUGCUAUCGCUGAGGAGCUGCUUCCUGGCCUGGGGACGAAAGAAGAAGCGACAUACAGUCUCAAAAACAUCCUACCCUCUGCGUCUACUUGGGAAACGGCUAUGGCUCCAUUCCUCCACCUACCUCCUCGUCCCUCUACCGCAAUUACUAGUCCACUGGCUGGCGCUGUCCAUUUGAUCCAGAACGAUCUGUCUGAUUCAUUCAAGGAUUUAAGGCUCAGUAUCGCGCGAGACUCGUCUCAUAGUUCCGCCGCGUUCCGGCUCGCCAGUUUCGCCAUCAGGAUUUUGUCCUCAGCACACCUGAAUGAACACAUGGACAAAGAUGACCUUGAAACCCUCUUUUAUUUCAUCCCAUUGGCCGUGCAGCUGAUUGAUGACGAUCUGAGUAUCGAAAACUCCAAUGGAAUCUUGGGUCUGGAGCUGGCAGAUCAGCGCGAUGACUAUGUUGAAAUUGUCUUCAAGGGACGCAGAGUAAUCAGCGACUGGGUUCAUGCUGAGGAGAAUACCGGAUACCCGCCUCAAUCAACGGUUUCCUCGUCUCUGCUCUCCUUCUGGGAAAGCAAACUCGAGGGACUGGGGGGGAACCUCUCCCCUUGA